AAUAUCAUUCACUUCUUCUGUAGCCUUUCGGAGUACAGCAAAAUAGUGAUCAUUUCUUAAAUAAAUCCUUCCAAUUUCUAAGAAAAAUAAUUCAAGAUGGGUCGAGUCCUCGCAAUUGCGGUCGCAUUGAGCGGAAUACUUUUCGUAGCGUUGGCUUAUCCACAACAGGUGCCCGAAAUUCCUGGAGGCGUCGGUAAUGGCACGGUUCCCGCAGUUCCAGGUGUUCCCACGAAUGGCACGGUUCCCGCGGUUCCAGGGGUGCCUACAAACGGUACGGUUCCAGCAGUUCCCGGGGUUCCGACCAACGGCACAGUUCCCGCGGUUCCCGAAGUUCCAGGCGGCGUUCCGGUUAACGGCACGAUUCCGGGUGGAGUUCCUCCACUUCCAGUCAACAACACCAUGCCCGAUGUGGGUAACUUGCCGAUCGGGGGGAAUAAUACCCUUCCAGGUGGUAUCCAAAUGCCAGGAGGUAUUCCUGGAGGACGAUAAUAUCAAAUACGAAUAAGAGUUGCGGGUAAUUCGGCUCAAUUUAUAUAAAUCUGAAAAAAUAUUGUAUUUCUUUCUUUGUAAAAUGAAUUUUCUGUUGAAUAAAUUAAUUAAAAUUUUAA